AAAUUUUUAUAUUUUGUCAUACUUAAUGUAAUGAGUAAUCUAGUAAUUAGCAUCUCUACUUGUCUGUGCAUAUAUACCGCGCGCGGUUUCCUAGCAACCGUUUAAAUUAAAAUGAGCUAUAAAACGGACCAAAGCCUUUUGUACGAAUUUAUUUUUAUAACAUAAAUCGUUUUAAAUGGGGCCAAAAAGUUAAUAAGUACAUUUAGAUAAUUGUAUAAACGUAAAUAAACAUAAAACCAAUGCCAAUCACAUAUAAUCGCGGAAAUGUAAGAAAACUUGCUUUUAGAUCAAGAGGAAGGUCUGCACACUCCUUUGAUGUAACUGCUCCCAAAGUCGAGCACAGUGACGAAGGAGAUGGGCGGUUUCUACAAAUUAAGCCUGCGAUAGCCGAUCCUCGUGCCUCUUUACAACGGUCUAACACUACUCUAUCGAGUAAUCAUUAUAUUCAUAGAGGAGAUGGCAAUGAGGAAACCAUCAGUUUGCAGGCAGUGGGCGAAGGAAAGGUGCAACUUUCUAGAACUCAACAGGAAAAAGAUCGUCUGCCUGAUAGAAUAAGUUUAGAUAGGAGAGGUUUAUCAUCAAUACCACAUAUAGUAGGGGAACCCGGGCUGAGAUUACUGUCACUGCAGCACAAUUUAAUUAACAGUUUAUCUGGCUUAAUACCUCUUGAUCUCGGGAAAUUAGUGUUCUUAGAUGUGUAUGAUAAUCAAAUUGAUAAGAUUAACUCAUUAGAACGACUUUUUAGCCUAAGGGUGCUUUUAAUGGGUAAAAACAGGAUCAAAAGAAUAGAAGGCUUAUCAAACCUUUUGAAACUAGAAGUGCUAGACUUGCACGGUAAUAGAAUAACGAAAGUCGGGGGGCUAUCUAACUUGACCGAACUGAAAGUGCUCAAUUUGGCUGGAAACCAAAUAAAAUUCAUUGGGCAGAGCGACCUUCAGGGACUUUUAGCUUUAAGAGAACUGAAUCUUAAGAGGAACAGGUUGAAAAAGUUACAAGGAUUUCAUUUUACGCCGAAACUACAAAAGCUUUAUUUAAGUAACAAUGAUUUGCAAAGUGUGGAGGACGUCUCUUCACUUGCUGAAGCAACAACGUUGAUCGAAGUAUCAUUGGAUAGUAAUCCAGUUGCCUUAGGAGGAGACUGUACACCAUUUUUAGUAUCAUACCUCCCGAAUUUAGUAUCAUUAUCAAAUCUGCACGUUACCGAUCAAGUUCGAAGUGCGGCGAUGGCAUGGCGUAAUAACAAAGAAGCUGGUCAUGCAGCGUAUUGCGCUCUCAGUGGAUCAGCUCAACAGGCAGCUCGAAGAGAUCAGGUUAUCAACAACGCUAGAACCAACUGGGAACUUUUAAGGACAGAAAAUAAAUGCUUCCUGAGCCCAACCAGUCCUGUAAAACAUACUGAGUCUGAAAGUGAUAUAUGUGACGGUAAAACUCCAGAUGAAAAACACACUGUUGAAACUAAAGUAAUGCCAGAUGUGAUAGUGUGUGCGCAACCAGCUAAUGAAUCUAGGAAUAUUGCUGAUAUGAGCAAGACAACACAAAAUGAUAUAAAGGCUAAAGCACUGGCAACCAGGAUGCAAAGAAGCAAUACUGCUCGAAAGCCUUCAGAAAGGCGAGUAAAUUUUUCAGACCGUAGUGCCUCUCAGGACACAGAUGCUUCACACUCUACAUCCACCAGCAGUGACCUACGACUACCGCCAAUAUUAUUGCCAAUAAUUUCGUCUUUGGAAAAUGUUAAACUUGCUGACAGUAACGAACCCAUUCUGAAACGGUGGGAGAGCAUCUCAAGCGUAGAACCUGUAAUUGAUUCAUCAUUCAGUUCACUACCUUCAACAUCAACAGACAGUGAAGAGGAAACGCAACAGAGGAGACUAAGGCGGACUCCAACAGUGAAAAGACGAGAAAAAUUCAGUUCGAUGCGUUCAAAGUCUGUAUGUGAUCCAGAGAGUAGAAGAAUAAAAAAUACGAAAAAUAUAGACAACGACAAUGCGAGCAAUAUAUCCAGUAGUACAGCAGUAGGGUCUGUUGCAAGUGAACAUAAAAUCAAACGACAGGGUUCCUUAAAUACUAAAACAAAUAAUAGAAAUAUAAGAAGUGCAACAGUAUCACGAAGGAGUGAAAGAGCUUCAUCCGCACAACGUGCUUCCACAGGAAGAGUGAAAUCUGGGAAAAGCUUGGCCAGUUUAAAGUCGACUGAGCCUAUUCCCAAAGUAAUGCCUACAACUAAAGACCGCGAACAAGGAGUGGACUACUUGGUAGAAGUAAACGAUGGAAUUGUAAGUGCAUGGGGAACAGGGGCAGUCCGACGAUUGGCACGCGAAUGGGAUUGGGAGAAAGCGCAGACAGUAACGAAAGCUGCAUUUCACUACGUUCAUUUUAACGCUGUUGCCCAAUGUUUGCCAGAGUUAAAGGCCAAAUUUCCCAAUGUUUCUCACAUAUCGGUACGCGCAACUGGUCUUCAGUGUUUAGGACAGUUGCAUUCUUUAGCUGAACUACGAGGACUCACAAGCUUGACGGUUCUUCCCGAAGGGAAUCCUAUUUGCGUGAAAACCUGGCGUGAAUACGCAAUUUAUAGAUUAGCACACUGGGGUCUUAAAGAGAUAAAUGAAGAGCAGGUAACUGAAGAAGAAAUGAAAUCUGCAAAUAAAACUUAUAGUGGGUUAAGUGAUUUGGUCCUUCGAGCCCUACCCGAUGACCCAUUACAGCCACUUUUAUCUCGGCUUGGAAGAAGUGGGAAUAGCGUAACGACUGCUAAAGCUUGGUUAAGAUCUGCUGACCCAGCAUUGCGAGACGUUAUUGCGAAGGAAGCCUUACAGUACAGGAAGGGAAGUGUAUCUCAGGAUGACAUGAGUUGGCGCGUUCGUGGUCGAAAGCAACUUUCGCAAGCCAUUGAAGUUUCGUGUGGAGCUGCCCAGCGUUUGCGCAUCUUAGAAUUGCAAUGGCCGACAAUAUUCAACGAUAUGAUCGAAGAAAUUUUAAAUGAUUUUGCCGAUAUGGAUACGCAUGUCAAGGAAAAAAUGCGUUCACUCGCAGAGACACUGCAUUAAUAGUUUAGCUAAUGUUAGCCAAAUACACUAGUGCCAUAACCUGAAUGAAAAAUCAGCCAACACUCGCUAAUGCACAGCGUUAGUCCACCCGAAACCGGUGAAAUCCUACUGUAUUGUCAAUAUUUACGUGAUUUAAGGUUUCAACUAAUUAAAAA